CAAACAAAAUCCUUCAUGAGAAUUCUAGUUCAACAUGGACAGCACAUAGCUACUGGGAUUCACGUGGCCAACUUCAAUUUGCUAGAAAGACAAUACAACCCAUGCGUAAAAUUCCCCGACCAAUCCUACUUCUGGUCAAAGCGAAAUUAUCUUAAACCACGCACUUCUCCAAAUAUAGGGUGGGUCAGCUUGUCCCAUGACCAAGCCGUGACAGAUACGAACUCCAAACUCCAACCUCAAGGCAGUUUUCCUGUAUUUUUCUUCUCCUACAAAUACCAACAAAUUAACCUACUUUCCCUCAUCAACUUUUCAUCUCCCAUGUUAGCACGAAUCCAAACCAUGGCUCUUCUCAAGAAACCUUCUCGUAUCUUCUUUGUCAUGCUUUUCUUUCUUUUAACUCUGUCAUCAGCGUUGGACAUGUCCAUAAUCGACUAUGAUCUCAAGCAUGGAGGACAACAACAGAAAAGAACCGAGACCCAGAUACGGAGAAUGUACCAGACUUGGCUGGUGAAGCAUGGCAAGGCUUACAAUGGCCUGGGCGAGAACGAAAAGCGCUUUGAGAUCUUUAAGGAUAACCUCAAGUUUAUUGAGGAACAUAACUCUGUUAACCGCACGUACAAGGUUGGUCUUAACAGGUUUGCGGAUUUGACCAAUGAAGAAUACAGGGCUAUGUAUUUGGGUGCCAGGUUGGAUGGGAAAACCGUGUCACAUAGGCUUGCAGGGAAGGAGAAGAGCCAGAGGUAUGUGUUUAGGGUUGGUGAUAAAUUGCCCGAGUCUGUGGAUUGGAGAGAGAAAGGUGCCGUUGUGGCUAUCAAGGAUCAGGGUCAAUGUGUGGACAUGGCCAGACUAUUUGCAAGGCAUGGAGUAAAGGUGACAAUUGCUACCACUCCACUCAAUGCUCAUCUCUUUGCUAAAACAAUUCAAAGAGAUAGGGAAUCAGGCUUUGAAAUCAGUACUUACAUAAUCAAAUUUCCUUCCGCUGAGGUUGGGCUACCUGAAGGAUGCGAGAAUGUGAGUUCCCUCCCUUCACAAGAAAUGCAAUCCAAGUUUCUCAAGGCUACCAACCUUUUCCAACAACCACUUGAACAGCUCCUUGAAGAACUCCGCCCUGAUUGCCUUGUGGCUGACAUGAUGUUUCCAUGGGCUACAGAUGUUGCUAGAAAGUUUGGGAUUCCAAGGCUGGUUUUUCAUGGCACAAGCUGCUUCUCCAUUUCUGCCUUUGAUAGCGUAAAACGCUAUGUACCCCACAAAAAGAUAGCAACUGAUUUUGAAGUCUUUGAUGUGCCCGGCCUUCCGGACCAGAUAAAGAUGACAAAGAUGCAGCUUCCAGAUUUUGUGAAAGAAGAAGUGGGGAGUGAACGGAGAAAGAUGCUGAAUGAAGCUUUCGAAUCAGAGCGGACAAGCUUUGGAGUCAUCAUUAAUAGCUGUUUGUAUGAGUUUGGUAGAUUCUGCUUUGGAUGGGGAUGUUGCCCUCUGGAAUCUGCAACCUGCUGUGAAGAUCACUACAGCUGCUGCCCUCAGGAGUAUCCGAUCUGUGACCUUGCAGCUGGAACUUGCCGAAUGAGCAAGGACAACCCAUUGGGAGUAAAACUAUUGAGGCGAGGUCCAGCUACAAGUACCAGGCCACAAGCCUGGACAAGGAUCAGCAGUGCUUGAGCAGCAGUAGAUUUCUCUCGGGUCAAGGAGGAAAAGCUGACAAAUAUUGCGGUGACCCAAAACAUUAGGGAGGGAGGCUGCAAUCUGCAAGGAGAAGACAAUUUGCUUGAUUUUAUUCAGCUGCAUUGGUGCAUCCCUUGUUUAUCUAAACAGCAUAUUGAAACUUUCAAUGCCUUUUAAGUUUAGGUCCUUUGUUGUAAAUAUGCAGAAGAUUUUUAAUAAUUUUUUUUCACUAAUACGUGGUUAAUUGUCCAGGUUCUUGUUUGCUUUGUAUUUAUUAUCACCCUAGUUUUGGUUGUUGGAACAUCCCUCCAAGCUUUACGAGGCAUCAACAGAGGAGAUAUUUCAUAAA